CCCCUCCCUCCAAUGUCAGAGCUAUCAUACAUUCCAUACACCUCAGAACGGCAGCUCCCACCUAUCAUAACGCUUAUAGAAAAUGAUCUAUCAGAGCCCUACUCAAUCUAUACAUAUCGAUACUUCAUUCACAACUGGCCCAACCUCUGCUUUAUGGUAAGAUGUAUAACCCAUUAUUCCCAUUGAUCCUACAUUCCAACGACUUUGACGCCGAAAAAAAGCGUCUUGUGUUCUUUCAUUGUUUAGUACUACUUUUUGCUAUAUUUUUACGCAAACGACAAUUUGUUG